CUCGGAAGGAGUAACGUGUUGGAGGGCGGGGUUCGCAAGACUUGCCAGGAGUUUUACGGCAUGUUUGUGUUUCUGGUGGAGAGAAAGGCAUUUAGUCUGGUGUGAUCAUCUAAUUUCUGCAUCAUCAUGUCCUCGGAAAACGCCUUGGACGAUGGUGACACCUUUAAGAUCCUGAUUGCUACCGAUAUCCACCUCGGUUACCUUGAGAAAGACGCCGUCCGUGGCCACGACUCCUACAACACAUUUGACGAGAUCUUAAAAUGUGCCCAGACAAAUCAGGUGGAUUUCAUCCUGCUGGGUGGUGAUUUGUUCCAUGACAACAAGCCAACUCGCCGCUGCCUGCACACCUGCAUCACCAUGCUGAGGAAAUACUGCAUGGGAGACUCGCCGAUACACUUCAACAUACUCAGUGACCAGACAGCUAACUUUAACACCACCCAGUUUCCGUGGGUUAAUUACCAGGAUGAGAACCUGAACAUCUCCAUUCCUGUGUUCAGCAUCCACGGUAACCACGACGACCCAACGGGGGCUGAAGGUUUGUGUGCGCUGGAUCUGCUCAGUGCCUCCGGUCUGGUGAACCACUUCGGUCACUCCCAGUCUGUGGAGAAGAUAGAGAUCAGCCCAAUCCUCUUGCAGAAAGGCAACAGCAAGCUGGCCUUAUAUGGCCUUGGGUCCAUCCCAGAUGAGCGUCUGUACAGGAUGUUUGUCAACAAUCAAGUAAUGAUGCUCCGCCCCAAAGAAGACCAGGAUGAGUGGUUUAACCUGUUUGCCAUUCACCAGAACAGGAGUAAGCACGGCCCCACAAACUACAUUCCCGAGCAGUUCCUGGAUGAAUUCCUGGACCUGGUGGUGUGGGGUCAUGAGCACGAGUGCCUCAUUGCGCCAACCAGAAAUGAGCAGCAGCUCUUCUACGUGACGCAGCCCGGCAGCUCUGUAGCCACAUCGCUGUCUCCUGGGGAGGCUACUAAAAAGCACAUAGGGUUGCUUAGGGUGAAAGGCCGUAAAAUGAACCUGCAGAAGAUCCCCCUAAAGACAGUGCGUCAGUUCUUCAUCCAAGAUGUGGUGCUUUCCGACUACCAGGAUGCGUUCACGGUGGACACACCGAAUGUCACCAAGAAAGUGGAGAACCUUUGCCAUGCUAAGGUCAACGAGAUGCUAGAGCAAGCCGAGAGGGAGCGACUGGGCUGUCCACUCACCCCAGAGAAGCCACUUGUUCGCCUCAGGGUGGACUACUCUGGCGGGUUCGAGAUGUUCAACACAUCUCGCUUCAGUCAGAAAUAUGUGGACCGCGUAGCCAACCCGAAAGACAUCAUUCACUUUCUCAGAUGCCGCGAGAAAAAGGAGAAAGUCAAAGAUGAAAUCUAUGUUGACUACAGCAAGGUGAUAAAAACAUCUGCACUUGAGGGCCUGAGAGUGGAGGACCUGGUCAAGCAGUACUUUGAAGUGGCAGAGCAGAAGGUGCAGCUGUCCCUCCUGACAGAGCAGGGCAUGGGCAAAGCCAUUCAGGAGUUUGUUGACAAAGACGAAAGAGACGCCAUCGAGGAGCUAAUUACCUACCAGCUGGAAAAGACGCAGCGCCACCUCCAAGGCCGAAGCGUCAUCACAGAGCAAGAAAUCGACGCGGAGAUCCGACGAGUCAGAGAGUCCAAGAGGAACACAACGGAGGAAGAAAAUGAAAUCAAAGAGGCAAUCAACAGAGCCAAGGCUCACCGCAUGGAGCGAGGAGAGGACACCAGGGACAUAAACAUGUCAGACGAGCUGAGCGACGUGGACUCCGAGCAAGAACCUACGCCUGCUAGAGGAAGGGGAAGAGGAGGCAGAGGGCGGGGCGGGCGAGGUCGAGGGCGGGGGAGAGGUGCUAAAGCUUCAGAACCUAAAUCCUCUGGACGGGGCACUUCCAAGAAAUCUUCAGUGACAACCCAAAGCGGAAGCAUCAUGCACGCGUUUCAAGCCUCAUCCCAGAGAUCUUGUCGGACCACAGCGACCACAUCCUAUGCAGCAGAUAAUAUCACCAUUGACGACUCUGACGAAGAGACGCCUGUGAUGAAAGCGCCCAAAGCCAGACCAUCGUCCUCGUCAUCCUCGUCCUUUUUGCGGCACAGCUCUCAGAGCCAGAGCCAGACAUCUAAAGGCAUUGCAUAUGAUGACAGCGAUGAUGAUGAUGAUGAGGAUGAUCCUUUUAAAGGCCCCAGCCGUCGUGCAAGGCGAUAACUCAGAGCCGCGUCCCUCAUAACAGCUCCGUGGUCUUCCUUGUGUUGUUUCACCCUCAAAAAUGACACAAAAUGGUACUUUGCGAGUUGUUUUGCCGGUUUUCCAUGGCACUCUAGUAGGAUUGUUUGAAGCUUUUCUUUCCAUCUGUUUUGAUGUGUAGAUAAAACAAGAGAUAGCCUCUAAUUAAAAUGUUUCCUAUAAAAGUC